AUGGCUGUUGGAUUAUACUAUUACAGAGUUUGGUCUGCUCUAGAGGAGGAAAGAGAGCAGAACUUUCUAUACCUCCUCCAGCUGGACAACGAGGUUCUCAUCCCCAACCAAGAGCCCAUAGAAUGUCGCAUUUGUUACACCGAUGUUCCUGCGGGUGACGGAGUCCUACUGCGAGAGUGUCUGCAUAGCUUCUGCAGGGAAUGUCUGAGGCAGGUUGUGAACCUUUGCCAAGACCCGGAGGUCUCGUGUCCCUUUCGGGAUGACCUGUACGCCUGUGACAGCAAGCUGCAGCAGAGGGAGAUUAGAGCGCUUGUGUCUCAGGAGGAGUACACCCGUUUCCUGGAGCGGGGCCUGGUCGUGGCUGAGAGCAGGAGUCAGAACAGCUACCACUGCCGCACUGCAGACUGCAAGGGAUGGUGCAUCUACGAAGACUCCGUCAAUGAGUUCAUUUGUCCUAUUUGCACUGCCGAGAACUGCCUGAUCUGCAAGGCCAUACACGAUGGGAUGAAUUGCAGAGAGUACCAGGAUGACCUGCGUAUCCGCGCUCAGAAUGACGCUGCCGCUAGGCAGACCAGCGAUAUGCUAAAGACGCUGGUGCAGACGGGGGAGGCCAUGUAUUGUCCUGCCUGUCAGAUUAUUGUCCAGAAGAAAGACGGCUGUGAUUGGAUCCGCUGUACCAUGUGUCAGACAGAGAUAUGCUGGGUCACAAAGGGCCCUCGCUGGGGCCUGCAGGGUCCCGGUGACACGUCGGGGGGAUGCCAGUGCAAUGUGAACGGAAGGAAAUGUGACCCCAGGUGUCAGAAUUGCCACUGAUCCACGUAUGCCGGCCACGUACAAUGUAAUCUAUAUAACGGACAUGAGUAUUGCUGGUUUUAUCACUAUCCCGUCACCACUGCCCCUAGCCCAGUCCCUUUGUGGGUAGGUGACCGUACAUCAUCGCUGUCUUUAUAAUUUCUCCUGCCUGCCCCGUUCCUCAUGGUUUAUGGUCAGAUGCACACGUGGACCUGCAACCGGCCACAGAGGAGUCAUCACCUUGUUUAUAAUGAACUGGAAUUGUUGCCUACACGUCACACUGUAUCGCACUGACUCAUUGUCACCACAAGGGGGCUCCAGCAUCUGACCCUUAUUUGUCUCGCUACGGAAUAUCUCCGCAUGACUCCCAGAUACACUCCUCUCAGUCUUUUGGGUUUUUAGAUGACCGCGCAAAAUGUAACAGCGUUUCCGUCCAGCGUUAUUAAGAGUAAAUCUGCCAAUACUUUAUCAUUAAAUCUUCCUGUGCCCAAGAAGCCAGGUUUUGCCAGCACGUACUCCUAGUAAGGGCGGGAUGUACUAAACAUCACCUCCGCGGUGCAAGACAGUCCGCCACUUACGUGCGCGAUUAGUAUCGCAAAGGACCGAUCUCCCAAUAAGCGCUGUGCUUUGCGUUGACGGGACUUCCAGGUUCAGGACCGCAUUUGCCCUUUAGUACAUCCCACCCUAAGUGAGAAAAGCUGUUUAUUUGCAGUUUAUGAUUGGACUUUAUAAAGAGAAACCUUUCUAUCCAUCCUGCCUGCAUAAAGUGCGGCUGGGUGCCACGCCAUGUGCGGGCUGCGCAGUGCUAUAGUGUACAGUGUGCUGACCCUGCAGAAUCGCACCGGAAGGGCCCCUCCUAAUUGUACAUAAUCGUAGGCUUGUCCCAAAAGUGUAAAUAUCCUUUACGUUCUGCCAUAUCUGUCUAUAGAGGGCUCACCUUACCCCCUGGUUACAGGUCCUCACGCCGGGCAGAGCUAAUCCUACAAGGACCUCCCGGUACCUAUACAGCGGAGGCACAAUGAGCGCUUGUAAAAUAUGUUUAUACAGUCUGAGAUGUACAGUUUACAUUACACACACGUUAUUCUAUGUUACAUAGCCAUAUACUAAUGUCUCGCUGGGAGCGGCGGGUAAGUACAGCUGCCUCGCUCCAGAUUUCUGACACUGACAAAUGACAAUCAGAACUGCGCUGGUGGAACGAUGUGGAAAGGAGAAACUGUUCGCUUUAAUGCAGUUACACCUAAUUUAUGCAAAGCGCCGAAGUGCUGUCUGCUUCCUGAAUCCUCCGUUCUUCCAGCUGACCGCGCGGACACGCGAUAUAACGCACUUCCGUCUCUGCGUGAAGUGUACAAAUCCGCGCAGGCCACAAAUCUGCUGCAGAGUGUUUCUCAUGGGAAUAAAGUGAUUAACACAAAUGACUAAUCAGCUACAUCUGUUCUGACCAUACAGCUAUUCUUGCGCCUCGCCAACGUGUUCUGGAACAUGUGUAACAAUAAAAGUGCCUGAUUGUG